AUGACUUGCAAAGUCCCCAACCUUCUUGACAUCAACCACCGCCUCGACAAUGGGAUGGCCUUCUCGCCUUAUUCUGUUUUGGCACGGAACAGGUUCCGCUUUCUGGAAAACGAUGGGUGUACCGUCGAGUUUCCAAACGGCAUCAUUGGGGCAGUUCGCAUUCCGCUGCACACAAGACGUAACCUACCAGAGGACAUCAUGCAGGCUGUAGAAGAGGAGGCCGUAAUAUUGAAACCCCUCGACCAAGACAGUUUCCACAUAGUCACCGAAUCUUAUAUCAUAGUCCUCUGCAUUGGACAAUCCAUCCCAUCGCAUAUCCGUACAUCAUCUCCACCUGGAUACGAGGAACGCCAUUGCCGAAUACUUGUUCAGCUCGCCGAAUGCUGCGAACAGCCUGGCCUGCAUGUGGGCACAGAUUCCGCCGCAUUCCUCACGGAUAUUAUCGACCGGAAUUCGUUCCUCCCUGGCAUGAACAACGCGCCGCUAGAGCUAAAUUCUUACAGAGAGGUGUCGAUGUUGAAGGGCAUAUGUCACACUUAUGUCAAGCUCUUCAUCGUAGAAGCCUUCCACGUUCAUAUGGAAUGCCAUGCCAUCGACAUCCCCGAUUCCACACAAAUACAGACCAUUACGACAUAA